AUACGUCAUUUCCUUCGCUGCAACCCAAUGAGAAAUUAACCACUCCUUCUCCUUCCUCCAUUUUCACUUAAACCCCCAUCUCCCCCCCCGUUUCCUCUCUGUUUCUCUCUUCCGAAAAGGAAACUAAUCCAAUCCUUCAAUUCCCUCCACUCAUUUCUUCUUCCAUAAGUUACAGCAUUCAUUUCUUUUUCCGGAGAUCAGGUGCUCGGUUCUCGUCUAUUUUACCUCCCAAUUUUCGAUCCUAUCAACCCGCAAACCCUAGCUUGUUACCCAUUCCGUUUUGUUGGCCCUAGAUUUUGUUAAUAUUUCCUGGAGUUUAGCCCUUGCGAGAAACCCUAAUUUCGAUUUCUCUCUAGGUUAUUCUGUAUAGGUUGUUUGUUAGUUAGGGUUUUCUUUCUUCGAUUUUGAUAUCGGUAGGGUGCGAUGAAUAGUAGAGGGAGAUAUCCUCCAGGGAUCGGUGCAGGCCGCGGGGCCGUGAAUGCGAAUCCUAGCUUUCAGUCUAGGACUCAGCCACAGCAGCAGUACGUGCAACGGGGAUUUGCGCAGAAUCAUCAGCAGUUUCAACACCAACAUCAGCAGCAACAACAACAACAACACCAACACCAUCAGCAGCAGCAGUGGCUCAGGCGGGCUCAGUUGGUUGGAAACAGCAACGACGCCGCAGUUGAUGAGGUCGAAAAGACCGUUCAAUCUGAAGCAGUUGACCCUAAUGCACAGGAUUGGAAGGCUAGGCUAAAGAUACCACCACCUGAUACUCGCUAUAAAACAGAGGAUGUGACAGCCACCAAAGGGAAUGAAUUUGAGGAUUAUUUUCUGAAACGCGAACUUCUUAUGGGAAUAUACGAAAAGGGUUUUGAGAGGCCAUCCCCAAUUCAGGAAGAAAGUAUUCCAAUUGCUUUAACUGGUAGUGAUAUUCUUGCAAGGGCUAAAAACGGGACUGGGAAGACAGCUGCAUUUUGUAUUCCUGCCUUGGAAAAAAUUGAUCAAGAUAACAAUGUUAUUCAAGUUGUUACUGUUCCAACUCGAGAAUUGGCUCUUCAGACAUCACAAGUCUGUAAGGAGCUUGGCAAGCAUUUGAAAAUUCAAAUCAUGGUGACCACAGGUGGUACAAGUCUGAAGGAUGAUAUCAUGCGUUUAUAUCAACCAGUCCAUUUGCUUGUUGGAACUCCUGGAAGAAUAUUAGAUCUUGCAAAAAAAGGUGUUUGCAUUUUGAAAGAUUGUUCCAUGCUUGUUAUGGAUGAGGCUGAUAAGCUUUUGUCUCCCGAGUUUCAACCUUCUGUAGAGCAGCUGAUACGGUUUCUCCCAGCUAAUCGUCAGAUUUUGAUGUUUUCAGCUACAUUUCCUGUCACUGUUAAGGACUUUAAAGAUAGAUAUUUGCAAAAGCCUUAUAUCAUUAAUCUUAUGGAUGAGCUUACUCUGAAGGGUAUCACACAAUAUUAUGCUUUUGUUGAAGAAAGACAGAAAGUCCACUGUCUAAAUACACUUUUCUCCAAGUUGCAAAUCAAUCAAUCAAUCAUCUUCUGCAAUUCAGUGAAUCGUGUAGAACUGUUGGCUAAGAAAAUUACGGAACUUGGUUAUUCUUGCUUUUACAUACAUGCAAAGAUGUUGCAAGACCACCGCAACAGAGUGUUCCAUGAUUUCCGCAAUGGUGCAUGCAGGAAUCUUGUUUGUACUGAUCUGUUUACACGUGGGAUAGACAUCCAAGCUGUGAAUGUUGUGAUUAACUUUGAUUUCCCAAAGAACUCAGAGACAUAUCUGCACAGAGUUGGUCGGUCCGGAAGGUUUGGACAUCUUGGUUUGGCUGUGAAUUUGAUCACUUAUGAGGACCGCUUCAACUUGUACAGGAUUGAGCAAGAACUUGGAACUGAAAUCAAACAAAUUCCUCCACAUAUUGAUCAGGCAAUUUAUUGCCGGUAACUUGUGGUUGACAUCUUAUGUUGUCUGCAGUUGGUAGCCUGGCUUGGCGAAGGAGUGCGCUCCAAUAUCUGUGUGGUGAAUGGCACAUAUAAGAAUUAGGUAUUCUUAAUGGGAAGAUGAAUGGUUGAUGCUGUAUGCGUAUUAGCCUGGAUUGCCUGGAAUGUUUUUAUUGGUUUCCAGAUUUUAAUGGUCCUGAGAUGUCGUUGACAGGAUUGUAGGUGAGUUAAAAUGGUCUUAUGAAAAUCCCAGGUCGAUGCUGGGCCCAGCUUUUUCUUUCAUUAACAAGGUGGUUUGGUAUUGUCUCCUCCUAUUUCUAGUUUGAUGACUGGUGAAAUUUCCAAUGAUGUAGUUUGUGGCAAAGAAUUUCUUAAAUGUUUGCUGCUUGUUCGCCUUUAUCUAAGUUCUAAUAAUAAGACUAUGACAUAAAGACCUUAUAUACAUUAUCUGUCUCUAUUUGACUUUUCGAUUGCCACCCCGAUGAAGCUCAUCCAGUUUUAGGCAAGCAACUGGUUGUGUAUUAAUUUACUUGAUGUAAUUCGUGUGUGUUAGUUUGUUUGUAUUUACCAGUAAUCUUUAUUCUCUGGGGCCACGACCAGGCUCGUCAGUAGAACUGUGUAAUUCAUGCUCAUCAAUCAUCAAGUCAUUUUAGAGUCAAA